ACCGAGAUGGUCUGCUCAUGCGAGCAGUGAUGCUCAUGAUCAGAGGCGACGCUCUUGCCGGCAAGUUCAUGUAUGGGAAGAGAACAGACGUAGGUACUUUCGAUGGUCUCAUCGGCGACAAGGACUCCAAAGUAGCACUCCGAGUAGCUCUCCUUCGGGAAGGACUGACUAGAAGGCCGUCCGUGUCCACGAAGCUAAACCGAGCAAAGCAGCACGUCUCCACGAUCCAGUUCCGAGGUCUCAAGUUUAUCGGCGAGCCGGACAGGCUUAAGAGGCAAGCUGAGAGGAAUGCUUGCGCCGAGGCGGUGGCAUGGCUCGCAAAUCCAGACAACGCCGAGAAGAAGAAGCUUCUAAUGUGGGGGGGAGGAAAGCUCACCAAAGUCCGGCUUGGAGAUUGCAUGGGACAGCUGAAGAAGCUCCUGGGAAAACUUCCACCGGAGGACGAAGAACGCUUGCGAAGCUUUGAAGAUCCCAAGAGCAAGAAGCAGCGAAGCAAUGCUCUCGUUCCAAUCGACGAGAAAAAGAAUUCGAAGAUCAGGAAGAGCAGGAAAGCGAACGAGGAGAUUGUCACGCAACGAGCAAAGCGUAGAGCGAAUUUCCAAAAGCUUGUGGAGAAGAGCGAGACUCCGGUAUUUGGAGGGUGCUCUCUCCCGCCACGACCAGGGUGAAUAUUCGUUUUCAAAAACUGAAUAUACUUUUUAUGGAUAUUUCUUAGGGUUUAUCAUGUCUGGGGCGAGCGUUCUCGGCGUCCUGGGUCACGGCUGCGCCCACAUUCUCCCACCGAUUGCCGCUCCAUCCGCGAGGAUCCACUCCAGGGCGCUCGGAUUCUCCGUCAGGUCGAGCCGCAGCGUCGCGUCGCCGAUGGCAAAUCUUGGGGGAUGGCUGUCCAAGCUGGGAGUAGGGCCCGCGACUGCCAGGGUCCGCGAUCCGGAAGGCGCCAAGAUCGCGCAGGGGCCGGACGACGACGCGCCGGCGCCCGGGCAAGAAUUCGCGCAAUUUGGCGCCGGAUGCUUCUGGGGUGUGGAGCUCGCAUUCCAGAGAACCCCGGGCGUGACGAAAACAGAGGUAGGCUAUUCCCAGGGCACCGUGCACAAUCCCUCGUACGAGGACGUUUGCAAUGGCGAUACCGGGCACUCGGAGGUGGUGAGAGUGCAAUACAAUCCAAAGGAGACGAGCUUCUCCUCGCUGCUGGAUGUUUUCUGGGACCGCCACGAUCCGACCACUUUGAAUCGUCAGGGGAACGAUGUUGGCACCCAGUACAGGUCGGGAAUCUACUUCUACCACCCGGAACAGGAGAAAGCCGCUCGAGAGUCCAUGCAAAAGCACGAGGAAAAGAUCAAGAGGAAGAUCGUGACGGAAAUCUUGCCAGCUACAAAGUUUUAUCGCGCCGAAGAGUACCACCAGCAAUACUUGGCCAAGGGUGGCAGAUCUGGCUUCAGGCAGUCAGCUGAAAAGGGCUGCAACGAUCCUAUCCGCUGCUAUGGUUAGACAGGUACGCCUGUCGCAUUGCCUGUGUACUACUACUCUCGUUUUUCUUCCCUUUUGCUAGCUCAGGAGCUGUAGAUGAUGAAAAGCUGGAAGAAAGCGGCGUCGGCUCUUCCUGUAAAUAACACACGCUGCUGCCACCCUCGCGCUGUGCAGUUGCUGGAACUUAAAAAGAAAUGGGACUUCCCUUUCUCUCCUGAAAA